AUGCGGUCUUUGGUAGCCUUCAUGGCCUCUGUUACAGCCGUGCGUGCUCUGAGUUUGAACAUCACAGCCGUUGGGGCGACCAACAAUGUCUCAACCUUGGAGUGUUGGCAGAUGGACACGCCAUUUGCGUCAUCAACAAUACCAGGCAUCACCGGCAGCGCCACAGCCGUGAUAGGAACCGCAGCCAACAUCUCGUACACCGUGCUACCCGCUGCGUUCGAUGGCGGUUUGCACAAUGCGCCUUUUAAUCAAUGGGUGGUCUUCAUCUCAGGCCUGGCGUAUGUCACGUUACCCACAGACGACACUGCUGGUGCAUAUAUCGUUGGUGGCGAGUUUGGGCUGGUUUUUGCUGCCGACACCGCUGAGGUGAGCGCCCAAGGCCAUCGUACGCAGUAUCCGGGGACUACCGAGACGGUUGCGCUUGCAAUUCCAACGGCGGACGGCUUGAUUCCGGGGCAUACCGUUUUGCACGAUGGGGCUUGUACUGCAAACGAUAUCGAGGGACUCCGAGGGCUGGCGUUUGGCUUGUCUUAG